AUGUCGCCUAAGCCCGUUGCAGCAACCUUUAAAGAUUGUAUGAAACGCCUUGAGCCGAUCGGUACCCUCGUGUUCAUGCCGGCUACCGUCUCCAUUCUGCUCGCGCUCCCGUGGGGUGGCACUACGUAUGCCUGGAAGGACGGCAAUGUCAUUGCACUAUUUGUGCUCUUCAGCCUUCUUAAGUCAUCCUUCAUUAUUACUCAGUGGUGGAUCCAGGAUGACCCUACGGACCCUCUAGGAGUCUUCAAAAUCCGCAUCAUCUGGUCUCGUGCACUUUACCACUUUAGCCUUGGUGCCAGCUUCUUCUUCUUCAUCUACUACCUUCUGACGUGGUUCGAGGCAGUUCAGGGCGUGAGUGCCAUCGAGUCUGGAAAACGAACACUGCCAAUGCUUAUUGGAAACAUGGUCGGGACCGCCCUUGUUUGCAGUGCGGUAAUGAUUAUAGGCUACUACGCGCCAUUCGUGAUCGUUGCGACCAUGUUGACAUGCAUCGGCGGCGGCUCAUUGACUUUGCUCAACACUUCAGUGUCUCCAGCCACUUGGAGCAGUUCCCAGGAGUAUUAA